AUGGCCAUUGUGAUUUCCGCAAGGAGGGUUUGACAGAUGUGUGACUGAAAUUGAAGCCUCUAAAAAUGCGAGUUAGACUAAAAACUAAGGCGAUUACAGUCUAUUUAUGCACUGUUGCCCUUACCACUGCCUGUGUCUUGUUGAUAAUCCAUUUCAAUGGACGAGAUAUUGAAACGAAAAGUCAAUCGUUUGACCACAUGGCUGUCGAUAGAGUGAUGCUUGCCCACGAACAGAGAGGAUUAUGGGUACCUGAAGAUAAACCUGCACUGGUCAAUCUCAUGGAGCAAGGUUUGUUGAAACCUGGUCCUCAACGACAAGAGGACAAUCAGAUUCAGAAAAAGGCAAAGAUUUCACAUCUUCCAGAGGAUCUGUCCCCAACAGAAAGGCUGACAAGUCUGUCUAGAGCAAUGGUUGCUAACCUGAGUUAUGCUGAUCUCUCGGAGUUGUAUCACAGCUAUGUGAUGACGGUACAGUAUGAAUGUCACGAUGUUGUCCGCCUGGGUCGUGUCACCGACGGAGGGUGGGAGAUAUGCGCCGAUGAGAUGUUUGUGCCCGAAGUCAAAGUGUUUAGUUUAUUCCUUUGGUGUUGGAAAUGACUUUAGCUUUGAUGAUGCUGCAGCUCGUAAAUACCAGUGUGAGGUGCAUUCCUUUGACCCAAGCAUGAAGCAAGGUGAUCAUGAGCGAGAGAGCAAGGUUCACUUCCACCAAAAAGGCCUUGCUGAUUUCAAUGGAGAGACAAACAGUGGCUGGAAGGUGGGGACGCUGGAGUCCAUUAAACAUGAGCUGGGUCAUCAAGAGAGGCCACUGGAUAUUCUUAAGUUGGAUAUAGAAGAAUGGGAAUGGCAAGUGCUUCCUGAGAUAUUGUCCACACAGUCAUUGUCCGAUGUCAGGCAGUUCCUCAUAGAGCUCCAUGGCUGUGAGACAUGUUCUGUGUUCAACCCACAGCUCAUAGACAAAGAACCCACCAAGGAGAGAUACAUCAAAGCGCUCAAUAUUUUUAAAUCACUCUAUCAUUUAGGUUUCAGAAUAUUCUGGAGCCAUAAGAACAGUGCAUGUAAAUAUGUUUCAAGAUUUGGACUUAAAGAAAGAAGUGCUUGUCACGAACUACACAUGGUGCGAGUGAGCUAAUCAGCAUGGCCAACCAGAAAUAACUGUACAGUUGGUCCAAGGGGAGAUAAUUUGAAAGCAGAGUUGUGUCCCCUUUGUUAUUCGAUCUGUUUAAUUCAUUGGCUGUGUCAUUGAAACAUAUUUUCUUUAAGAAAUCUCUUAUUUAUAAUAAUCAGUAAAUCUGAUUAGAACAACAUUAUUAAUGAACAAAAAGUAACUAUUUCAUGUAUUGUACAACGAUUAUGUUUGCAGUCUAUGGUAUCAAUGGCUGAUAUUUAUGUUUGGUUUAAGCUUACUGAGUGUAACUUUCUUUACCAUGUUCAUUGAAGUGUUUUCCAUCCUGUGCAACGAAUACAGCAUAAUUGAUGUUAUUGAACACAUGACUGGAUAGAUUUGAGUUUCCCAAGUAAUGGCACUGUGCAAUAUUACCAAGAGAUAGGACCACGUUGUCUCAAAUGCUGCUGAAAUUACCGUUUCUCCAAAUCACCAUGUUACAAAACCCGCACUGAAGUGAUUAGGGUCACAAGUUUGAUGGAGUAAAACUUACCCGCUACAUCAACUUAGAGGUCUCCAUUUUAACUGGUUUGUUAGGCUACUUACAUCACACGUUGACCUGACCAUAUUGACUAGAAACACAGCAAGCUAGAGUAGCAGUCUUUGAAUAUCCAGUGGAUUAUAUCUGUGUCCUAUUUUCAUAAAUACCCUGGAGCUAGUCUUUACUACUGCUUUGUUUUUUAGUCCAAAUUACUCUCAUAAGCAAGAAAAACCUGUACGUUUACAAGAUAAUAGCAAGGUAGAGAGACGAUUAUGUCUCUUCCAAAACGAGGCUAUGGAGUCAAACAUGGAUCUAGUGUGUCACUGUAUUCCCGCCACAUAGCUGGAAUAUUGCUGGGAAGGCAUUAAACAACAAACAUCAUUGUACAUAAUGCAAGUUACAUAGUAGACAAUCAGUGAUGAAGCAUCAGGGUUUUGAAUGAGACAUGCACUCAUUUUGAUCUUUGGUGUGUCAGAUAUAUAUUCAUGCUCCAUGGUGUCCAAAGUGUCAUACAUCACACCUUUGUAUCACUUUAAGCUUUCCUUGCAUGUAGGUUGAUCUGAAAAAACUUUGUUGAAAGGCAUAGUAAAGAAGAUUCUGAUAUAUACUGGACAAAAUAAGUUAGGGAUAGUGGUAUUUUUAUGAUUGAUAUUGUAUUAGUGUGUAAAUGAAUAAAUAGAUCAUAUUCAUAAUUUCAAAAUUUACAUAUAUCCCUAACUAUUUUUGUACAGUAUAUAUAUGGGUGGGACCAUUAAAAUUUGUACUCUAAAUACAUUUCAUGACAUUCUAGCAUAAUGACAGUAAAUAGUCAUUUUUUAUUUAGUUUUAAGUAGUUUUAGGAAGAUAUUUUAUGUUGAAACAAAAACAAAUGUCACUCGUUUAUAAUAGAUAUAUUUAGGUGUACCCCUUAAGGACCCUCAUUAGAUGUAACUAAAUCUUGCUGCUAUACUGGUAUAUGGAUGGGACCUACUCUGUGUAAUGGAUUUUCACUGAUUUACAUAUUUACAAUCAUUCUUGCAUGAUACCUGCAUUGUCAUACAUCAUUGUUUUAUUUCAUAUUAAAUAAAUCAGCACAAUUCAUCUUCA